AUGUAUGCCAAGCCUUACACUUCAAGGAUCGACGCCCUCAAGAUGCCGUUGGGAUAUCAACCACCAAAGUUCCAACAAUUUGAUGGCAAAGGCAACCCAAAGCAGCAUGUAGCACACUUCAUGGAAACAUGCAACAACGCUGGGACAUACGGCGAUCUUUUGGUAAAGCAGUUCGUACGGUCAUUAAAAGGCAACGCCUUCGACUGGUAUAUCGACCUGGAGGCUGGUUCCAUCGACAGUUGGGAGCAGUUGGAGUACGAGUUCUUGAACCGGUUCUACAGCACAAAAAGGACCGUCAGUAUGACAGAACUCACCAAUACUUGUCAAUGGAAAGAUGAACCAGCAAUCGACUACAUCAACCGCUGGAGGAGUUUGAGCUUGAACUGCAAGGAUCGGUUGUCCGAGGCCUCCGGUAUAGAGAUGUGCGUCCAAGGAAUGCACUGGGGGUUGAAAUACAUCCUGCAAGGGAUCCGACCCCACACUUUCGAAGAACUUGCUACCCGCGCUCAUGACAUGGAGUUAAGUAUGGCUUCAAGCGGGAUGCACGGACCACCAGUUCAAGAAUCUUCAAAAGCAAAAAGAUACGAAAGAUAUGAUGCUGCAAAGAAGGGGAACAACGCCCCUAUCAAGUCUUUUGGAAAAGAAGCCUUGGCCAUAAAAGCGACGACCAAAGCACCUAUGAAGAUCCAAAGUAAAGAAAAGGAAGUUGCGAGGAAAAGACAAUCAACUCAGACAGAAAGACCGCCAAGGCCAACCCUUAAAGAGUUGCAAUCCAAAACUUAUCCUUUCCUGGAUUCUGACGUCUCGGGAAUCUUUGACGAUCUACUCAGAGAAAACCUCAUUGAACUUCCGAAUUCAAAAAGACCGGAGGAAGCUGGAAAGGUUGAUGACCCAAGAUAUUGCAAAUACCAUCGUGUCGUAGGACAUCCCAUCCAUAACUGUUUCGUCUUUAAAGACAAAGUCAUGGAGUUGGCUCAUGAAGGAAAGAUCACCCUUGAAGACGAUUCUGCUUCUGUUAAUGUCACUUCAAUCAUGUUCGGGUCUCUCGAAGUUGACAUAAAAGACAAAGAAUCAUAUUGUCUCACUACCGAGAAAGGUGGCAAGGCGAUCAGAGACAAAUCGAGUGAAGAAUGUGCCACGAUAACUUUCACUGAUGAAGAUUUGGUGUUAGGAUCCAAACCCCAUAAUCGUCCAUUACUGGUCGUGGGUUAUAUCCAUGAACAAAGGAUUAACCGGAUAUUCUUAGACGGAGGAGCUGCAGUCAAUGUCCUUCCUCUAUACACAUUGCAAAAAUUGGGAAUACCAGUAGAUCAGUUGUUCGAGAGUCGUAUGACAAUACAUGGAUACAAUCAAGAGGGGCAAAGAGCACUUGGCACCAUAAGAUUGAGACUUUUAAUCGAUGAAAUGGAAACUAACCCUUUGUUCUACGUGAUAGACGCAAAGACAUCUUUCAACGUUCUUUUGGGAAGACCAUGGAUACAUGAGAAUGGUGUAGUUCCAUCAACGUGGCACCAAUGCUUCAAAUACACUCAAAAUGGAGUGACAAAGAAAGUUCUCGGAGACACAAAGCCAUAUGCAGAAGCCGAGUCACACUUUGCGGACGCCAAAUAUUUCUCUACAGAAGCAAAAAAUCCAAGGUACAUGAAGAUGUCAAAGCACCACAACCAAACUUGGGGGCAAAGUUAA